AACGCGUCUUCUCUCGGUGCGAGAAAGUCACCUCCCCGCCUCUCCUCCACACCCAUACCACCACCCAUAUAUCAACAUCAUGUCCGGUUUCGGUAUCGUCUGCGAGCCCCCCCAAAUGGCUUCACCAACUACUCCCCGCCGCCCCCCGACCAGUCAUUGCUACACUCCGUCCCGUUCGUCGCCUUUAUCCACUCACACCCAGACCGCCCCACAAAACCGUUUUGGCCUCAAGAUGCUUCCCUCGCCGCCAUCAUCCCCACCUGAGUUUCUCGCUCCCAAACGUCUUUUCAAACCAAUUCCCACAUCUCGCUCUCGUGAGGAAGGCCGGGAAGCCCGGCGGAAUUUGUUCUUGAAGAAAGUUCGAGAUGCCCGGGACAAAAAGCUGAUAAAAGCGAGAGGCGGAGAGGAUGAGGUAUUGACAUCAAUUUCCUUUCGGUGGACUAGGCUCUAUUAACCUGGUUUUUCAUUUUUUUUCAUUUCUUAGAUGAUGCGGUUAAUCUUUGUCUCCGAACAAAAGCGGUGGGAAGCAUCGCAAGCAAGAACCGCGGCUUCGAUCCCUACCAUUUAUGAAGAAGAGGAACUUGGUAUCGGGAACGAGGAGGAGCCAGACUUCCAAACCGAGGAAUCGCUUUUUAUGGACCAAGACGGUAUAUAUAAUAGUGACCCGGCUUGCUUCCUCCUGCUAAUUCUUAGUGUACAGAAACUGGUCCUUCAGACGAUCUAGAUGAAAUGCUCGACCGUGACGGCAAGGAGCUUGAAGACCUUCUCUCCCAACUUGAUUUACAACUAGAUCAAGUCAUGCCAGAGGCGAACCGUGAAGUUAUGUCGGCCUAGUUUUCUUGUCCAUCCUCUCCGAUACGGAAUUCUUUGCUGAACCCCCCCGGCUUAUGCGUUUCUUUUAACUUCACCCCGGCAUUAUCUGGCGCAAGGAGUCCCGGAAAACUCUCAUUUCUAUUUCUGAUCCCACCUCUUGUAGAUUAAGUCCGCGGUUCCCUCUUUGUGUAAAUAUGGUGGGGCCUUCUUCCAUUGGUCGUUUGUGCAUCUCUUAUCUUAUUUGUAACCCCACUGCUACCACAAAUAUGCUUUCAUUGAACACGUUUUAAUAUACAACUUAUUGCAAGAAUUUCCACAUAUCCGUCAAUUACUGCACCGCACAAUUCGAAUCGACGUCAGGAGGUAUAUCCAGGCCUUGUCCCAUUUCUCCCAUUAACUCUGUUGGUGGCGCACCGGCAGCUUGCAUCUAUCGCGGCUCCCGAAUCAGCAUAAAAGAAUAGCGAGGAGCAGAGCAAAGGCAGCUCAAUCACCUUCUGCAUACGGUCAAUAAUAAACUCUCGGUCGCUAUCAGAUUCGUCUCUGUACUCCGGUUCCUCAAACUUUGCCACAAUCUCCUUGACCACCCCAUACUGCUCCCGAUACCGCUGCAGGUCCUCCGCGGUUUGCUUGGACUCGUUGUUCCUCAGCCAUUCCGGAUAUUUCUCGUUCAAUUCCUUCAUGGGUUCGUAGAGGAUUUCCUUACUCGUAAGCUGCUCCAUCAUGUUUAAAAGCAUUUUAGAAAAGUCCUCGUCGCUUUCUCCUUCACCGGCCGCCCCUUGCAUUUGUUUCAACAUUUCCGAUAGAAAGUCAUCAGUCUCGGAGUCAGCCACCGCAGCGUCAACCUCUGCUCCGGAAGACUUCAUGCGAUCCAUCGUCUGCUUUAUUCGGUCUUGGAAAUUGACCGCCGCUUGGACGGACGGUCUAGAACUGGACGACGCCGAAGGCUUGGGACCAGUUGCCGCGGUGGCAUCGUUCAGUUCCUUCACCAGGUGCUCAAAUUGGUCUUGUAGUUCUUUCUGUGGCUGAUUAUCAGUCUGCCAACCUCCCGUCAUCCAUGCCCGUAGAGUUUACCAUACCGAGUCCUGCAUCUCGCCUAGUAAAUCCUGCAUUCCCAACUGCAACUGACGAGCAAAGUCGUCAUCGGGCGACCCUAAAGAAGGUCCGCCAUUAUCGUUUGAUGCGCUUGUGUCGCCAGCUUUCGCCGAGUGUUCACUGGCCGGCUGGGGUGAGCUCUGGAAUUCGUCUAGUAUCUCUAUAGGUACUUAUCAGCUACAGUUACCCCCGAACAAGUUUCACUGAGCAAUGCACCCACCAUCAAGGUCAUCCAAAUCGUCGUCAUCGGAGUCCUCUGCAACAGUAACUUCUGGCGGGGGCGGCAUAGUAGGGGUUGUAGUUCCUGAGCUCCCGUUGCGAUUUUCAGGAAAUAUCGAAGCCAAGUUUCUGCCGGGGUUUUUUUUGUUCGUUUCUUGAUUGGGCAGAUAUAAUGGUUGGGGGCAGGCUUGAUGGUUUGGGCAGAUUUGACGGUUGCCGGCGGCAGAGGGUGAGGUAUCAUAAUAUUAUGAAACGAGUACGAUAGUCUACCGGUACGGUGCCGUAUCAUACCGGUGGUGCACUCGCUGGGUAUCGGUGCAUAUAAUACCCGAGUAACUUACCAUACAGCAGGGUAGAUUAACUCAGUAAAUUCAUCCAUUGGCUGCCAUAGGGCCGAGGUCGC